GAUCAGCAAUUUCAACAUUCACAUUAAGGUCCCUCCAACAAAUUACAACAGAUAUUCAAGAAAUCGCAGAAAAAACCGGAAAAUCCCUCCAAGAACUAACAGAAAACAAGCCAAUCGACGAAGAUCGAAUGGAAAGAGUCCUCGAACAAGUCGCGGGUGAAAAACCCGUAAGGUUCACCUCACAACAACUCAUUGCCAUGACCAGAAACUACUCCCAACAAUUAGGUUCGGGCGGGUUUGGUCUAGUUUACGGAGGUUAUCUAUCUAAUGGAGUAAAAAUCGCGGUUAAGGUGUUAAAGAAUUCUCACGGACAUCAAGCCGAAGAACAAUUCAUGGCGGAGGUAACCACCAUUGGGAGAACGCAUCAUAUUAACCUAGUCAAGUUGUAUGGUUUUUGUUACGAGAAUUCGGUUCGAGCUUUGGUUUAUGAGUACAUGGAGAACGGGUCGUUAGACACACACUUGUUCAAACCGAGGGUGGUGAUCGAAUGGGAGAAACUAUGCGAAAUAGCUAUAGGAACCGCGAAAGGGUUAGCGUAUUUACACGAGGAUUGUCAACAAAGGAUCAUUCAUUAUGAUAUAAAGCCCGCGAACAUCCUUUUAGAUGCGAACUUCAAUCCUAAGGUUGCGGAUUUUGGACUCGCGAAGUUAUGCAAUCGAGAGGACACGCAUGUAACCAUGAGUGGCUAUAGAGGGACUCCGGGUUAUUCAGCCCCGGAAGUUUUACUUCAUAGUAUUUCAGUUACGCAAAAGUGCGAUGUUUAUAGUUUUGGGAUGCUACUAUUUGAGAUUAUAGGAAGGAGGAAGAACACGAAGGUAGGAUCGUCCAUGGAAAAUGAUACCCUAGAUUGGUUUCCUCUACGAGUUUGGGAGGGAUAUGAAAAGGGAGAAUUGAUUGUUGCAUUGACGAUGUGUCGUGAGAUUGAAGAAAGGCAUGUGGAGAGUGUCGAGAGGAUGGCGAUGGUUGCUUUAUGGUGUGUGCAAGAAUCCCCGAAGCUUCGACCUCCAAUGAGUAGUGUGAUUCGAAUGUUAGAGGGGGUAGUGGAGAUCACGUCUCCACCUAACCCGUUUGGUUAUCUCUUCUCGUUGAGAAUGAAUUUGGAAAAUGAUAGUUAUUGCGAGUCGAGUAGCCAAGGAACUCAUUCUAGUUGGUAUAAGGAGACUAUGUCGGUUGAGACGACUCGCUCAAGUUCACCUUACUCGAGUGACUUAGAUGGAAAGAGUCUUGUAUAA